GACUUUUAUUUUGAAUUAUCACAUUUUUGUAGUUGCUUUGGAUUUUUAUUGUGACGUCCUCUGUUUUUCUUACUAAUUUCUGUUUUGAGCUGGUUUCUCGUGACACUUCCUAUGACACUGGGAUUGUGGAAAUAAACACAUGCAGGUGUGCGAUCAUGGCAAGCAACAAGUUCCAGAUCGUAGUACAGGGCGAAGCAUCUGAAACAGACUCUGAUGAUGAAGUAUACAUCACCUCUGCCCCACCUGUGCAAUCGUCAUCAUCAUCAUCAGGGAGGAAGGUGGCAGGAGAGGCAUCAGAGACAGACAGUGAGGAUGAGGAGGAGAGAGCUCGCAGACUGGCCUCUGAAAACCAACAACAGAUGCUCCGUAAAGAUUUACCGCCCCUCGUCCUGAUCAGAAACACACCUGUGUUUGUAUCUAGACAGGAGGACCGAUCAUCCCUGUCCAGACCCUGUCCCGAUUCAGGCCGGUUUAUCAUGUUACUCCAGCAGAAACUGCAGGAGAGCAAUGCACAGCUGUGUGCAGAUGUCAAUCAAAGCCUGAGACAGGUGUAUCAGAAUUCUGCCAGAGAUGUAAGACAGGCCACCACAAAUCUGAACAACUCUCAAACCGGCAUCAUCAACGCGUCCCAUAGCAUUAGACUCAUACUGGACAAUCUCAAGUCAGUGUCAGAGAAAAUCGAAAUCAUUACGAGCUGUCAUUUAUUGCCAGACAUCACUAUGCCAAACCCUGUGUCUGGACAAUCAUAAUGCACAUUAUCAGAUGUCUAAAAGCAAUCUGGGACAGCUAUGCAUGCACUGUAGUGUUCAUUUUAAAUCUGAGGUUUCCAAAUGUUUUCGUUUGUAAUAUUAUUGCAAAUGGGUCUGCUGUAGGACUAUUUAAUGUCCUAUAUAAGUGAAAACUGGGAUGUGACAUUUCAUGAUUUUCAUUUUAUACUAAAUUAAGUGUUGAAUGUGUCAGUAGUCUUAGACUAGCAUGUUUGACAUCAAGUCACAGCUUCAGUGUGGCUCUCAACUUAAGUUUGUAAUUUUGGUGUAAUUAGAGUUGCUCAAUGCACACCAAUAAUGACUGCAAUAAUAAAUUAUUUACAAGAACUGUAAAGUUUCCAUGUAAAUUAUGUAAUA